CACCCCGUUCGUAAGAGACCACACAUUUCUCCACUGCAGAACGUCUUUUUUUUUUUUUUCCCCCCCCAACCAACAGUCCCAUUAAGUCAUGCGUUCGGCCAUCUUUUUGGUCACGGCGCUUGUUGCUGCCUCAACAGCCACUCCGUGGGGUUCGAGAGCAAAUCAGCAAUGCGCUUCUUAUUGCAAGGAAACUAGCAAAUUUAAAUACAACGUCGGCACAAUUUACAGCUAUGAUUACACCGGCGAAACGGCGUCUAAAAUAGGCGGCACUUCAGAGCAAGAGUCUCGGCUUCACAUUAACGCCCAAGCGGAAUUUGAAGUCGUUUCUCAAUGCGAACUAAUCUUGAGGCUCAAACGAGUCAACCUGGAGCAAUCAGAUCCACAGGAUGGAUCAUCGAGAACGAUCACGGACGGUUCGGCUAAUUUUGCCGCUGGACUGGAACACCAACCGCUUCUGUUCUCAUUCCAGGACGGACAGAUCGAACACAUGUGCCCGUCAGUUGACGAACCCAUCUGGUCCCUGAAUAUCAAGCGAGGCGUCCUGUCAGCUAUGCAAAAUUCUAUGCUGGACUUGACAAAAUCACAACUGGUCUUUGAGACGGACGUUGUCGGCCAUUGUGAAACAAAUUAUACCGUCGAUAAUGUCGGACGGAACGGCAUGACAGUGUCGCGAAGCAAAGAUUUGCUGGCCUGUACCGGACGAAAUGGCCAUCACAAUGCGCCCAUUUUGAGCACUCCCUACAGUUCAGCAUCAUCGAUCCAGUCGCUUCCUCUUCUCAAGAGCGAGAACGAGUGUCAGCAGACGAUCCGCAACGACUUGCUGGAGAAAUCCGUCUGCACAGAAACUCACCUGUUCCGGCCAUUUUCCAACGGUCAGAGCGGUGCAUCCACCCGGAUCACGCAGACAUUGACCUACAGCAGCGAACGUCGUUCCGACCAAAUUUCAACUGAUUACAAGAAAAAGAAGGCCAGUCUCCUCUUCGACGGUCCAGAUGUCCAGAAAACAUCAGGUGCCAGUCUUUCGUUGAUUGGUGAAACGUUGAACGUUUUAGUGCAAGAAACGCGGACGGGAAUUUCACCCCAAACGUCAACCCUUUUCUCCCGAUUGGUGACAUCUUUACGUCACUUGUCUUACGCUCAACUUAGCGAACUAUUUGGCAAGACUCACGAAGCCAAAGCCAAGAAGUACCUGAUGGAUGCAGCUCCGUUGGUCGGAACAGCCGCCAGCUACGCACUGAUGAGAGAUAUCAUUCAAGAAGGUCUUCUCACUGAUUUGGAAGUGGACAUGUGGUUGGCUUCUUUGGCCUUCCAGCCGAAACCGACGCUUGAAAUGAUUACUGCAGUCUCGCCUUUAUUGGCUGACAAAGAUGCAGUCCGUCCCAAAGCCCUGCUGUCCAUUUCAGCUUUAAUCCACGCUUAUUGCCGUAACCAUCCGACCGAAUGCCAAGCGGAGGAGAGCGUGAAACAGGCCAUCGUUCACAUCGAGAAUCGCAUCGGAAUUGCCUGCCGUUCACGCGACGCACAAGAACAAAACACAAUUCUUCUGGCUCUUAAAGCCCUCGGCAAUGCUGGCCUCAUCGUCUCGUCAGCCGAAACAUUAAAGAAAUGCUAUCAGGAAGAAACAAAUUCGAUGGUGAUCCGCCUGGCGGCUAUUGACGCUCUGCGACGAGUUCCAUGCCACUUGGACGGCCGUAGUUCCCUCCUGUCUUUCUAUUUAGACACGAAACAAGAUUCCGAGCUUCGUAUCGGCGCUUACUUGGCCGUCAUGCAGUGCCCGUCUCCUCAACUGCUGGAAGAAAUCAAACAAGCAUUAAUGAACGAACCCGUCAAUCAAAUCGGCUCGUUCGUCUGGACUCACCUGACCAAUUUGCAAGAGACUUCUAGUCCAUCCAAACAAGUUGUCCGUCAGCUGCUGGCCACCGAGUUCCUGCGCAAUAAAUUCAACACCGACGCUCGCAAAUUUUCGCGCAAUCUCGAAGCCUCCAGCCAUUGGCACGAUCUCAAUGUAGGAGGUACAGUGGAGAGCAACGUCAUCUUCUCCUCGCAGUCCUACCUGCCCCGUUCGGCCACGUUGAAUCUAACACUGGACCUUUUCGGCCAAUCGGUUAAUUUGAUUGAAUUGGGCGCCAGAUUGGAAGGAUUUGAAUCUUUAGUCGAAUCAUUUUUCGGACCUGGUGGAUAUUUUCCAGAUGACACAAUUCAAACAAUUUUAAAAUCCCUACGCGGGAAACGGGCCGCUCCAGUGGACCAGCAGUCGCUCAAUCAACUGUCCACCGUCUUCGACGUUAAGGGACAAAUGGCCGAUCAGCCGCAGGGUGAUUUGUAUCUCCGCAUCUUCGGCAACGAAUUGCACACCCAUCGUUUCAAAGGGCUGGAUCAAUUGACGGGCAAACCUCUUCAGAGUCCUAUCAGCAUGUUACUCCAAGCUGCUGGCCAGAAAGACGUCGAUUUCAGCAAAUCCGUGUCCAUCAUGGACGUCUCGUACGUUUUGCCGACGAUUGUUGGUUUGCCUUUGAGUUUAAAAGUCAACGCCACCGCUACAGUUGCUUUCAAAAUGGGCGGUACGUUCCAAACGUCCAGCUUGUCUGAAACGAAAGUCAUUGGGCACGUCAAGCCGAGCGGAACUGUUGAAGUCAAUGGUUUAAUGGCCGUCGACGCUUCGAUUUUCGGACGCAGCGGAGUUCACGUUCAAAAUGUCAUGCACACUUCAACCGGCCUGUCCGGCAAGAUGAUCAUCCAGGGAAGCCGCUUAGUCUCCGUGCAGCUGGACGCCCCACAAGAGGCGACCAAUACCUUCAGCUUCGAUUCACGCCUCUUUUUGCUUCAACAAAACGGACCCAAAUCCAUCCAGCCGGAGCAAAGGACUCAAGUCAACAUGAAAUCAUGUUCGCCCGCCUGGGUGGGCAAAACAUUCGGAGCUGAACUCUGCGCUGAAUUGGAUUUUUAUCCAAGAACCGAAGAAGGUCCUCGAGGGCCUUUUACUGGACCUGCUCACGCUGCCUUGUUCUUACGCAAGACGGACAAACACAGCAGCUAUCGGUUCGAGUACAAACGCGAAGGCAGCCGGGCUGUUAGUUUCAUCAUGGACACUCCGGAUUCCGCAAUCAAUCGUCGCCUGUCGGCUCAAUUGACGUUGGAUCAAUUGGCCAAUAGCUUGAGGGCGUCUUUCAUCUGUCCCACGAAGAGCAUGGAAGUCAUUGGCAAAUACGAGUACAAUCAAUUAGUGAAAGGAAUCGACACCACGGUGAGCUUGGAUGGCGCUGAAUUGGUCUCACUUCGGACGGCCCUACGUACUGAUCUCAAGGGCGCAUCCGGCCGUUACGAGCCUAAUUUAAUCAUCAGCCGACGUGGUAAAGAGUUGAUCAACUUCCAGGGCUAUUUCAGCUACGUGGGUCAGUCGAAAUUCGGAUUCGAUUUCCAGUUGAAACAUCUGACCGUUCGUCCCAUUCGUCUGUCCGGUGAUUUCAAUAAAGAUAACGAAAACAAACACGAAUUUAAUAUGGGAUUGAAAUCGUAUUGGCUGGACACUACCUUGGCUACCACCAUGCGCCUUUCAGAUAAACUGACCACGUGCAAAACGAGGAUCGGCUAUUCGUUCAUGGAAGGAACGACCCAGAGUCUGGAGCUGUCCGGUAAAUUCAACCGGGCAGUUAAAGGCUCUUUAAAGAAGACGACGUUAGCUGGAAUUGUCCAGAGCUCACAGUUCCCCCAAUACAACGGCGAUUUGUCCUGGGAUUUGCAACAAUCUGAAAAUUACCUGGAGAACAACAUCCGACUGAAUGCUGGAACAAAUCAAUGGGAAGUCCAGCAAUUGUACUCUGGCCAGCCUCGUGAUCUGAACGUUCGUUUGGCGGUGGCUUGCAAGCAGCAGAAGAUCGAUUUCCUCGUCUACACGGUGUUCCAGAACACAGACACAACUGUCAGCAGCCAAUCGGGAUUGCGAUUGUCACCCGGAAGGCAAUGGAGUGGCAAGCUGGAUCUGGUCCGCCAGGAUUUCCAACCUGGUCGUCGCUACGGUGGACGCAUCGAACUUUCAUCUCCGACCAUCAGCCGUCAGUUGCGUGCCGAUGUUGUCCAGGAAACGGCUAAACGAUGGGAUUUAACUGUCGAGUAUUCCGUUAACCAAAAGAUUGAAGCAUCCAUCAACGCCAUCUACGAUAACCUCAGCGCCGGAAUCAAAUGCGAACAUUCGGUAGAGGUGAAACUACGCAGCUGGGCGGCUGAUGAACUCGACAUCAACGGCCUGUUCGUAGCUAGUCCAACAAACAGCGUUUUCAAACUGAACGGUCGCUAUGGUGAUGAUAAAUUAUCCAGUUCCAUCGAAUACGAGCUCGUCGACACCCUGGAACAUGCAGUCAGCGUUGGAAUCAUCCGCGGCGAAGAUGUCCCUAUUUUGCAAGCUCGAUUGAACGUUAACACUGGAACACAAAAAGCACUCACCGUCGACAUCCAGGCUAAUAGACACAUCACCAUCGACGCUAAAAUGACGUCCAACUUGGUUAGUCUUCAAGUGUUUUGGAACAAGGACGUCGAUGUGAGCCAGUCCUUCGAAUUCACUGGAAAACUGGGCGCUACUGGAGGAGAUGCUCAGCUGAAAUACGGCGAAUGGCCUCCCAUUUACAUCAACGUCGACAAAAUCGAUAAGGAUCUUAAGAUCCAAUUGGAUUGGAACGAGAAUCAAUCCAUCGUUUUGCGCAUGGAACUCGUUCCGACUCGAACUGCCGGCCUUCUUACCACGCCGUUUGAUGGAUUCCGCAAGAUCACUUUCGACGGCCUUCAUCAAAUUUCCAGCAACACUAUCAACACUCGAUUAGCAGUUGAUUGGCAGACAAAUCAAUUUACCUUGUCACUGACGGGCAGUAAAACAUCCGACAAUGUCCAGGGAGCAAUCAGAUUCAUGUCGACUUUCACUCAGUUGGAAGAUGUUGGCGCCGAAUUCCAGGCCCUCACCAGCCAGCCUUUGCACCGCUACAAUUUCGCUGUCCAGCACGAAGGCCGCCGGGCAGACAUUUCCGCCGAUUAUCAUCGCAAAGAAUUUGCUUUCAAGAGCGCAUCCAUCAGCUUGGCCACUCCCAUUUCAGGCUACGAAUCCUUGAAGGCCGGCGUUAUUCACACCACGGUCGUUGGCAGUUUCCAAACAGAUCUGAAAUUGGAAGGUCCAUUUUCCAGCCGGGCGGUUGUCACUGUAACGGGCAAAAAUGUCAAAUCAGAAUCAUCUGGAAAUUUGGCCAUCGCUACUAACUUCUCGGUGCUGGAAACGUUCAACACAUCUUUCCAGCUGUUCAACAAACAAACUGAAAAGAAGUUGGCCGUCAUCGGAGAUCUGAACGGCCAGCAAAUGACUGCCCGCGCUGCAACCAACGCAUCGGAUGGAAAAUUCCGCGCGGACUUGCUUGUUACCAGUCCGUUUGCCGAUGACGUUGCAAUCUUAGUGGAUCAUCGUUACGAAGGUCAGAUCCUUCAGAGCCAAGGACACGUUAGCUGGGCAAACGACAAGAAGGUGAGAUUGAAUCUUGACGGCCAAUUUGCACCUGGAAAAGCUAUUCUGGAUGCCACUCUAGCCACACCUAAAUGGACGGCAAAUGGCCGUCUAGACCACAGUAAAACAGUUGAAGCGCUAGACUCUUCCAUCAAAGCGGAUUUCAAUGGAAAACAAAUCAAUUUGACUGCGAAUGGCAAAAAUUUGCAAAUGAAAAACAUCCAUUUGGAAACGAAAUUGACCAGCCCUUUCCGAGGAUUCGAAGAGCUCCGAGUGACUUUGCAACACCGUCAGGAAGGCCGGAAGACGACCACUGUCAUCACAACGGCCCGGAUGGACAAAGAAAUCAUCGUGGAACACGACAUCGAGUACACGGACUUCUUCAACUGGGCCAAUCGACUAGCCAUCAAGACGCCCUUUGAAGGUUUAUCGUCGCUGACGGUAGACUCUAAACAAUUGUGGACCAACGUACUGGAACACGACGGCCAGCUGCAGGUGAACGGAAAGAAAAUUACGGUAUCCAUGAAGGCGGACAGCAGCCAGAAAGGAAAACUGACGGCCAGUGGCUCAUUGGCUUCCAGUUGGUCAGAAGACGUCGUUUUCGAGCUGACACAUUCCGAUGACGGCCUGAAAUUCCAUCCGACGCUCAUCAUCCGCACUGGAAAAGGCCAACCCAUCCGCUUGGAAACGGCCUACAAACGCGGACCAGUUAAUCCAAGCAUCACUGUUGAUGUAAUCUCACCUUUGUCCGACCCUUUGAAGUUGUCAGCUUCUUACGUUAACAGCUCACCCGUCCGAAUGGCAAAAUUGAAUUUGAACUGGAACGGAGAUCAAACUGUCGAUUGGACUGCAGACUGGGCGUUGGCGGCUUUGCAGUCAUCGAUCAAGACUCGUCUUACUACACCAUUCUCCCGCUAUAACAAGAUAGAAGCGGACAUCGUUUACGACGUGACUGGGCAGCGAAAAACGGGCAAAGUUCACUUACAACGGGAUGAGCAGACCAUCAAGCUGGACGCUUUCGCCACCGGCCAAGGAUCGACUUACCAAUCAGAGCUUGUUUUGUCCAGCUCGUUUUACCAAACGGUCAAAGCAAAUGCCGUUCUGGACAUCGCGGGCGCUAGGGCUAGUCUCAAACUGGACCGAGGGAAAAGCCAAAUCCAUCUUCACGGUGGAUUGGUCAUCGCAGCUACUCAGACGGCCAUAACUGCCACACUGGAAACGCCUUUCAAUGCUGUCCGUCUCGUUAAAAUCGAAGCCUCUUUAAAAUCCAACCAGGAAUUGCAGCUGGACAUUGAUUACGACGGCCAGAAAAUGUCAUUGACCGGUUUCCAUUCUACCGGCCCGUCUAAAGGCUCCUUACGGGCAAGUGUGAAGACUCCAUUCGCUCGUCUCCAAUCCGGCAGCAUGGACGCUUCUUACGACGCAUCCGGACCAGCCAAAACAGCAUCUCUGGUAUUGUCAAGGAAUCAGCAAGUCAUCCAGGCUUCCGGCCAGAUCACCCUGGUUGGGCCAAUCAAACUGGCCGUUAACGUACGCGCUCCUUGCUGCGGUAUCAGUCAUUUAGACGUCACUGGCUCUUAUGACGAAUCCGUAGAAAUGAAAUCCGGACAUUUGAAGCUGGUCCUGAAUGGAGAAAAAUACCAAUUGGACGGGCAAUUAACGCGAAACAACCGAUCAGCUGAAAUAGCCCUGAAAUCAAUGACUGGUUACCAGGGUUACGAGCAGGUGGUCGUCAACGCCAAAUACGAUGUCCGUCAGCCGACCAAGACGGGCUCUAUUACUUUCAGCAAAAACGAAGACCGAUUCCAUUUCUCCGGAACGGUUGACAUUCGCAGCGCCAUCUUGGAUUUAGCCACGCCUAUAGAACCUCUGAGAUCCGUCAGAUUGGAAGGCCGUUUCGAUUCGGAGGCGGCCACGUUGACUGUCAUCCGCAACGAGGAGGUCAUCAAACUAACGGCCGGUGGAUCUUUGGGAUCCCUGCAAGGAAAAAUCGAUUGCGGAUUAGAAACACCUUAUUCCGGCUAUGAAAACCUUAAAGCCGAACUGGUCUACGAUCUCCAGUCGCAACGCAAGUUCGUCGUUCUUGAUGCUGCAACUUACCGGGCCGAAAUGGAAUUGAACGGACGUCGUCUGAUCGUUCGUUCAACAACACCAAUCAAAGGUUACGAACAGCUGGAACUCAUCGGCGACUACGCGCUGGACAACCGCGAACUCUUGGCGUCCAUUAUCUUGAAGAAGAACAGCGAGACUCUGGAAUUCCGUCUAAACGGACUUGUCGAUUUGGUUAAUCAACAGGCUUCAUUCGAGUUCCAGUCUCCGGUGUCUUUCAUGCGAGUCGUGUCCAGCAAAAUCAAAUGGAACGAAGAGCGUGAUGGCAAAUCGUUCAACAUCCAAGCGGCCAGAAACGACGUGACAAUCGAGCUGGAAAUGCUGGGCCAUUUCGUCCGGGAUCAUUUCGCUUUGACCGUUGCUGGUAAAAGCAAUAUCGAAGGAUGGAAUUCCGCUUCACUAUCAGCCGCCUACGAUCUUCGUUCUUCCAUAUCCGCCAGCCUGGACAUAGAAAAGAACGGCAUCAGUCAAACAUUUUCGGGAGAAGCCAAAUUCGAUCAGCAAUCAGCUGCUUUGAAUAUUCAAACACCUUUCGAAGGCCUGCGCGUUUUGGGCGUGAAGGGAACGCUCGUCGAUGCUUCAAAGGUCAACGUCAGUAGCGACCGGACAGCCACACUGCACCUGGAAAAAGAAGACGUGUCUCACGAUUAUCGCCUCGCUUUAAGCUUCGACGCUGAAUCAGCUGAUCUGAGCAUCGAAACUCCGUUCGAAGCUUACGCGAAAAUGUCGGUAAAAGCGCGUCUCGUGCUGGACAAGCCACGCAAGAUGAUCAACCUAGUUGUCAAAAAGAACGAACAUCAAAUGGAAUUCAAAGGCCAGUUGAGCCACGGAGAAGCUGAAUUGAAACUGAUUACGACUUGCGUUGGCUUUGAAAACGUCGCAAUGGCUGGACGUUACGAUUUCACCUUACCGGCCAAGACGUUAAUCUUGAAAACGAGUCUGAACGAUAAAGCGAUCCAGUUAAACGGAUCUCUUGAAGAUUUGAAAAUGACGAUUGACAUUACGACACCUAUCGUUGGUUUCGAGUACGUCAAUUUGCACGGAGAUGUCCAGCUGACCGCCAAAACAAUCCGUUUGAUGCUGGAACAUAGCGGACAACGUUACGAGGCCAGCGGAGCAUUAACGGAAAGCAAAUUAAUCGCUCAUAUUAAAACACCGAUAGCUGGUUACGAAGUGAUGGACAUCAGCGGCCGCUGGAACGAACGUCACGCUGAGUUUGGUCUGACUAGUCCUUCCCUGGGCAAAAUCAUCGUUUCGACGGAAUUCGAUCUGGACAGCACAUCCCUUCAAUUUGGACGAGUUGUUUUGACACAAAACGGAGUCAUUUAUCGCAACGAGUUGGUGGCCAAGUUGGCCGAUCCCUGGAAUGGUGGAGAAGUUCUUCUCGGCGUCCAGCUUCCUCUGGACGGCCUGCGUAAUGUCACUUCGAGAUUGGACUACGAUCUCGCCUCAAACGAGAAGACAUUGUCCUUGACUCUGGAUACUACUGCCCAGCACUACGAAACAACAGGUCGAGUUAGCUGGAAUAACGAAGCCGGAAAGGCCGUCUUCCAUGUCCAAACGCCCGUGCCUAGCUGGGAAGAGAUGGACAUGAGCGCUGGAUACGAUUUGAUGAAAAAAACUGUUUUCGUACUAACCGAACGAAAUGGAAAAUCAGUCGCUUAUGUGCAGGGUUUGGCCACUUUGUCGACCAUGUCCAGCAUCCUAUCCGGAUCCAUCCGCGUUCCUUCUCUGCUGACCGAAGACAUUGAAAUGAUGGCUGCUUACAACAUUGCCAGCGAUGCCGCUGAUGCGAAAAUCAAAUUCUGCGCUCACGAGGUCCUUUUCGACGGGCAACAAAGCAGCAACUGGACUACGGCCAUGGCCACCAUUUCCACGACAUUCGACCAACUUCAAAGCGCUCAGCUCAACUGGAACGUUGCCAAGAAAACAGCGUCUUUCCAUUUGAACGGUUUGAAAGCCACGCUAGACGGACGGAUUCAGAGUCCUCAAGAUGUUGGCUUCAAAGCAACGCUGUCCGAUCCAUCGCUGGGCGUCCACGCUGCUGAAAUAGAAUGGAACUUCCUGUCUGACAAAUUCAUCAGCCGGGCAGAGUACAAAAACGGACCAAACAUGCGAUUCGGAGCCAAUGCGCUAGUCAAUUUCUCCAUUGAGAAAGGCGAUUAUGAGUUAACUGUCUUCACUGGAAUUGCGGAUAUCGAGGAUGUCCAUAUCAUCGGACGUUGGACUUCCGCCGAAAAAAUCAGAUCGGAAUCUGCUCUUCAUUGGGCCGGCAUCAAGAAAUUCGAGGCUAUCUUUGACGGACAAUUUUCUGUCCUCCGUUCUAUUGCCCGUUUAACUGCGACAACACCACAGAUCCGCGCGGUCACAACCGAAAUGGAAUACGACUUCAAUUCAGCUGAAAAAUCCUUCCGCUUCAACUACGAUUCAGCUGUUCAAUUAAACACUUCAAUGACAAUCGAAUCGUUGAUCCAGUGGAAUGGAAAAAUCGAUUUCAUUCUCCGUUCUGACAAGUUCUCGGCAACGGGCAAGUGCAACAUGGAGCCCAGCUCACGAGUAAAAGAAUUCUUCGUCCGGUUGGACAACAUUGAUCUGCCCGUUUCGGAAUUGCGGAUGACGAUGGAAGAGAAAAGCGAACGCGUCAUCAUCAACGCUUCCGUCAAAGGACCUGCAUUUGAAAAUGAAAUUAGAUUCCAUGGCCAUUAUGACACCAGUAUGGGCUUGAACGCUAUCGGGAAACUCAGCUGGUCCGUCGAUAAAAAUAUCCAGGCAAAUAUUCUGAUGAAUUCAUCCGAACUAUCCAGCGAAUUGUUGACACCCUUCACUGGACUGGAGAAGACCAGCCUCUCUGUCAAAUACGAUUUCGGCCAGCAAAAGCAGACGAUGGAUUCGAUUUUCGAAUGGGCCGGACGCAACGUAACGGGUUCAGCAACCUGGCAACUGGAAGAUGGGCUCGUUUUCUCUGUCCGGUUCACCACGCCUUUCCAGGGAUUCGAAGAAGUCGGACUCCGUGGAACUUUCCUGAAAGGAUCUGAUUACAGCACAACAUUGUAUUACACUCGAGCUGGAAAAAUCAUCGACAUUCAAGGCAAAUUGACUUCCAAUACAGCUGGAUCGAUGGCCAGGAUUACCUUUGCUGGUGAGAACGAGCAAUUAUCCGCCGUCGUCGAAUACGACGUCCGUCUUCCGAAGAAGACGGCCUCGUUGACUCUGAGCCGCGGGACUAGUCAACGCUUCAGCCUAACAGCCGCAGGUGAAUUUUCGGAGAAGAUCAACGGAAUCCUAACUGUUGAAACCUCUUCCAGCUCGCCCAUCCGCAUUAGUUUGGAAGCCGAUCCCGUAGCUGUUGAAAAGAACGGCCGCCUGACGAUCGAAUGGGGCCAGCAACAGAAAUUGGAACUGAUGGGCAGUGGGACGAUGAGCAAAAGCGGAAGCAAAUUCCGUCUCGCCGCUCAAACGCCUUUCGACGGAUUUAAAAAGAUAAUGGUCAACAGCCGGAUGAAUCAGAAAACCGUCGAACUGUCCAUCGAAUACGGCCGCAAUCGCAAACUCCAGUUGAACGGCCAAUACCGAUGGGAUCCCAGACUAUCCGUCUAUUCUUUAAACGGCACUCUGUUGACACCUUGGCUGGAACACACUCUGUCCAGCCAAAGUUAUUUAGACCUGAACAACGGAUUCCACGCAUCGUUCUCCGUUAUUCCGGCUCCCGAAAAGACCUACAGCAUCAGCGCCACCUACAGGCGAUCCGGUUCGUUCGAAGCCACUGUUCGAAGUCCUUGUGAUUCGCUGCGAAAUGCAAAAAUAUCCGGAGAUUACGAGACUGACAAUCGCAAAGCCAUCAAGCGGAUGGCUGCCGGUGUUGAGUACAACGGCCGCCAGGCUUCAAUCGAAGGCCGUUUUACUGGACUGAACUCCCGCAACGCUUUCGUUAAAGGUUCCUGGAACAAUCGAGCAGUGGUUGUUGAAACAUUUUAUCAGAAAGAUCAACUCACAUUCAACAUGGCCGCCAAUGUCACCACACCUUUCCAGGGAUACGAAUCUUGGGCGGGCCGUUUCGGACAGUCCGCAAAUGGUCAGCAACGCGAUUUGACUUUGCAUUUAACAACACCGUUGACAACUCUUCCAUCGCUCGACAUCGACGUUCAAACUGUCAUCGAAACUGGAAAACGUAUGGACAUUAGUACUUCAGCUUCCGCCUUGGGCCAUACGGGACGGGCUAAAUUGCAAGUGUCAAAGAACGUAAAACUUUACGUGGCUUCGCUGCAAUUGGAUAUCCCGUUCAUCGAAACUCUUCGUUCAAUCAACGUCCGCGCCGAAUGUCAAGUCGAAGGCUGGAAAAAUGUCGUCUCCACCGUAACAGCUGGCGUUCCAGCUGGAGAGUACACGGUCAGAGGAUCCAUGUUGAUUGGAAAAUCCAGUUUGAAUUUAAACGCUGGUAUUAAAACGCCAUCUUUCUCCAAGUCGAUCGAAAUGGGCGCCGGAUACAACGCGGCCGACGUGGACCUCGUCCAGGGAGAGAUCUUCGUCUGGGACAACAAAAUCGAAGGCCGCUACGAGAAACGCGGCAAUCAAAUCAGCGUCGAACUGAGUUCUAACUUACCAGAUUUGAAAUUAUCCCACAAUCGAAUCAACUUCGAAAUGAGUUAUCGUUCACCUCGUCAACUCCAGUCCUCCAUCUCUUUCAUCACCGUUCAGAAAUCCCACACCGUUUCUCUGUCAUAUCAAUUGGCCGGAAGCAAAUUCACUGGGCAAUUAGACCUGGACACUCCUCUGUUCCAAUCUAAGAAGACAAUCUCAUUAAAAAUCAAUUACAGCAGUUUAGCCGCUUUAACUUUCGACGGCCGAUUCGUAGACGGACAGAGUACCUGCGAAUUGACGGGCUCCCUGCGCCUAGCCGGUGAAAUGGUGCACGGACAGGCCAAAUUGAAUUGCCAAAUGCUUGGAACACUGGCCGUUGAAGUGACGGGCAAUCCAACUGAAGGUAAAUUGACCAUCACGGCUGGCAAGUCCGUCCAUCGAAUGGGCUACAAAUUGAUCACGAGCAACGAUGGGUAUGACGCGACAAUCAACGCAGAAUCUCCCUGGAUUCAACCUGUUCAUUUGCGCGGAAUUUGGAUGCUGGGUGAUGCUCAGCAAGGCCAAGCUUCACUGACAAUCCGCCACGGCCAAUCCGCCCAUUCCGUACUAGGCGAUUAUCUCCGUUCCGCCGGUGACAAAACGGCCGGAUCUUUCAACAUCGCAUCGCCAUUCUUGCCCGGCAAACAGGCCAGCGUGCAAUUGCAAUACCAGCCAUUCGACUUGAACGUCCAGCUGGACAUGAUGGGCCAAUCUCAUCGUCUUACCGGACUGUUACAACGUUGGCCGAGUAUUAACGGCAGAAUGCAACUCGAUUCGCCUUUCCUUCCCUGGAAAACAAUGGCGCUGAACGCCCAGGCUGAGCGCAACGUCCGCGACUUCCUUCACGGACGAGCCAACAUCACCGCUAGCUACGGAGAGCAAAGCCUAGGCCUUGCUGGACGUUUCCGCUACUCCCAGUGGAGCGAUUUCGAAGGCAUGAUGGAACUCAACACUCCAUUCGAGGGACUGACAACGGCCCGUGCUGAUGUCCAGUUAAGCGCCAUUAACGCACAGCGUGUCAACGCUUCAAUCAAUUUCCAAUCGUCCCACGUCAUCCUUCCUCGGGCAUCCUUCAACGUCCAGUAUCAUCUAACUGAGUCGAUGUUGGAUGCUUCCGCCACGUUGAACACCCCGUUCACCCGCUGGGAAACGGUAGGAUUAGCUGUAAACAUCCCGUUGUCCUACAAAAACGCCAGAGCUUUAGGUUCCCUGACGGUGCCCGGCACGCAAUACUCAAUUUCUGGAUUGGUAUCGACUGGAAGUCGUCAAUUCCUGACGGAAUGGAAACUCGAUUACGCCGGAAAGAAAUUCGGUACUGAAGUCCUCUUCAAAGCGGAUGAAAUCUACCAGGCUAAAGUGGACGUGGUGACACCUAUCCGAGGUUUUGAGAAGUACUCGUGGGAUGUUAAAGGCCAGGCGGAUGUCCGUCGUUGGGGAGAAGCCACGGCUUUCCUCGACUGGAAUGGAAAACGGAUUGAAUUCAGUUCCAACAUCAAAGCCGAACCUUUGGCUUACGUCGCCAUUGUCCAGCUCAACACUCCAUUCGUCGAUUUCGAACGUUACGCCAUUCACCUGAGAUUGGAAGGGACGGAACGCAAGACCCUGCAAGUCGAAGUGGAAUCGCCCGGCAUGCGAGUUGGAGCUGAUUUCGAUUACGUCUUCAAUUCACCGACGGAUUUUGUUGGCAAAGCUUCCAUCCGGACGCCCUUGGCCGGCUACGAAUCCUUCACUUUGCACUUGUCCAAUCAGCUGGGCACUUCGUCUUUUUCCGCCAAUGCGGAAGCUCGUUUUGCAGCCUACGGUUUAGCUGCAAGCGUUGAAGGUCUCAUCCGAACGGAUGGCUUCCAGGCACAGAUGGACGGACGCUACAAUGAACGUGUUAUAGUCCUCAAGGCAAGCGGAUCGCUGGAUGAAAAACGAGUCACUUGCAACGUCGAUUUAGUCACACCCUUUGAGGAACUGAAAAGCCUCGAGAGCUUCGUCCAGCUGGAAAAGGAUUUUGCUGAAAGCAAAGGCUUCGGCUUGAGCGUGAACGGACGCCAGUUGAUCCUGGUCACGCUGGCUAAACAGUCGGACGGAGUGCAAGUCCUUCAAAUCAAGAACCCCUGGCGGCCAGUUGAUCUUUCAUAUUCCUGGGAAAAAAGUGCAGAUUUAAUUCACUAUCAGGCCCAGUUCUGCUGGGAUCUUAACCGACGCACUUCUGCAACGCUGGGCGGACGUCUAGUCAUCAAAACAUCGUCUUACGGUCGUCGAAUUAGCGUUAAGACUGUCACUCCUAGCAGGGAAUUCUCUUUGAACUACUCACUGGAACUGACGUCGGCUAAAGUAGAUCACUCGGUCAGCAUCUCCUGGGCUGCGGAUCAAUCCGUUGGAUAUAGAAUUUUAGCUGAAAAUGCUUCAACCCGAAGACGUGCUCAAUUGAAUGGAUUAAUCCGUAUGGAUCUACCCGCUCGUUCGUUCCAGCUGGAAUCUCAGCACUCUGGUGGAGAAUCAACCGCUACUCAAGUGGAAUUCCAGUGGGAUGCCGCUAGAGAUCCAUCCAGACGUCUUGGAGGUCGAUUGGAAACCCGUCACGGUCGUCAGAUCCGCUUGAUCUUCCUUCAUCCGGAGCUGGAACGUGACAUUGUCCUGGAAGGAGAAUACAAUCGCAUCGACAAUAACCAACUGUCAGGCAAAAUUGAGUUGAUCUACUCACCGCUAGAGGAACACCGUCUAACAGUGGAAGGAUAUACAACCGGGCAAGAAACUGGCCGAUCCAUCCAGCUGGUUAUUUUGCAUCCGGCUUCCAACACUGAUCUCCGCCUAACAGCCAAUGGCAAAAGAAACCCUGGAACUGAAUUCCAAGCCCGUCUUGACUACAAGGAUCGUUCAAGGACUUCCCGUUUCCUCCAGCUCGGUGCUAAAGUCCUUCCGGAACAGAGACGCAUCGACCUGGAAGCUCGAACAUCCGAAAAAUCAUUGAGUUUGACCAACGCUUUGAUUUCAUCCGGCAGUUCUUACAAUUUGGCUUCGAGGACUUUGGUUAACGACGCCGUCGCUUUGGUCGUGGAUGCCCGUCUUGAAACUUCCUCACUCCGCCCGACUUUGCAAAUCGAUGGAUCCUACGCCGGAGGCAAAUCGUUCAACUUCAUGGCUGGCAUGCCAGACAGACGUGAGAUCACCGUACGAGCUGUUAGGGACAUCCACGGACGGAAGAUCGUCGAUGGACUUUUCCAAGUCAAAUUGAACCAGACGGACCUUCUCUCCUCGCGAAUUUAUUGGCGCGCGGCCUCGAAGACGGAACUGCGCGAUGCGGCCGUCAAUGGUCUCAUCAACGUCUUAGCCGCUUGCGAAUCAUUCGCUGAUGAUGUAGCCAAUUUCGCCGCUAGCGAAUGGACGGACAAGUGUUCUUCUUUGACUCCAGCUGCCCGGCUCAUUUCCCAACGUUUGACGGACAGCAUGAACCGUGAAAUUAACCACUUCCGCACGGAAUUCAAUCAGCUGGCAGCCGACGUGAUGGCCAUGUACAAUCGGAAUGAUUUCUACCUGCAAAACAUCGUGUCAACUAUUAAACAGGUGGCAGCUUUGGCCCAGCCUUUCAUCGACCGGACCAUGGCUAAUAUUCAAGCUAUUAGCCGGAUACUUAUCGGGGAAACUACAUCUUUCUACCGGGCAGCCGUCAGUACUUACACGUCAUUGGCUCAGGUGGCAUUGUCCGGAUACCAACAGUUGUCCAGCUACAUUUCCAGCGGAGUAACUCAAGUCGCUCGCUAUUACAGUCAGCUGGCCGGUGAAGUGAUGAGUUGUUUGCUUCACUGCGAAUCUGUUGUAUCUCGAGCUUUCCAACGCCUUCAAUUGUUGUUCCAAAACUACGCUGGCCGAUUGGAAAUUGUCGUCAUGGAGCAAGUUGAUCAGAUCCGCCUCCAAUUGAUCGAAAUGGCCAAAUCUUACGCCGAAAGCUUCCAACCCUACACCCAAUACUUCAACGAGUGGAUCGAACGUGCUCGCGUGUUCUACUUUGAAACUUUGCAUGACAUUAACGAAAUGCGCCAAAUGAUUCACGACCAUUUCGUGACCUACCCGAUGUUCCAGCGUUUGUACGCGAUCUAUUUGGAAUACGCCAGUUGGCUGGAAGAGUUCCAUGCCCAAGAUUACAUCGACGAUUGCAUCACCUAUUUAAACCAGAUGAAAGAAGAGAUCAGGGAAAGAGUCAAGAUAAUGACAGCCCAUUACCAACCGUUGAUUGAUCCAUUGGUCCAGGCUUUCCAAGGACAAAUGGAGGCGUUCAAACAGUUACCUGUCGUGAUUUACAUCAACACGACCAUCGAGAGAAUCUACCAGCAACUCAACGAGCUCUCCAAAUACAUCGAACUUGAAGCUAAACUCCGCCAAGUGUUACGCGACGUUCUUCAACACACCGACCGUCUCACCACUCAACUCAUUAAGGAUCUUAAGGGUUCACUCGCCUUCCCGAUGAAGCCAACAAUUAUCAUCGAUUGGGAAUCCGGCCGUCUGGAAUAUUCACAACGUUUGCCAUUUACUUGGGAAGACUUUUCUCAACUGCCACGCAUCCGCGAACUUGCGCUGCUCAGGAAAAUGGGCACAGCCAAAAAGAAUGUCCUGCGCGAAAUGGAUUACAGCCAAUUCUAUUUCAAUGUUAUGAACAUGCUGGCCAUUUACAGACCGAUGCGCAUCCAAUCCAUCUUGCCACCGUUCGGAAGCCGGGCUUUCGUGGCUGGAACGCAACAUUACAUGACGUUCGAUAGACGUUUCUACGAAUUCGCCGGAGAAUGCAGUUACCUGCUGGCCAGCGAUUUCUUGCGGAACGAUUUCAGCGCCAUCGUUAAUUACGAAGGAGCCGGAGGCAAAGUCACGCGAAAAUCGCUGACCAUUUUAAGCGACAAUCGACAGGUAGAAAUCGAUUCCAGCUUCCGGGUGACCCUAAACGGACGUAAAAUCGAAAUGCCUUUAACAUACGAAAGCACCACAAUUAUACGAGACGGACAACGUUUGAUUGUAACCAACAACAAAUCCGGAUUCCGCGUCGAUUGUAACCUCUACCGUGACAUCUGCUCCGUUCACGUAACCGGCUGGAGUUUCGGUAAAACCGGAGGUCUUUUCGGAGUCUACAAUAACGAACCAUCCGACGAUUUCCUGACUCCAUUCCGUCAGCAGAGAUCCGACGAUGAAGUGGACAGUUUCGCAAACAGCUGGAAAAUGGGCACAUCUCGUUGCCGCGUCCGCAAUUUCGCCGUAACUCGGCCGACUCCUAGCGCCCGGAACAGCCGCCUUUGCGACCAGCUCUUUGUCGAUGAACAGUCCGUUCUGAGACCUUGUUUCCAGAUGGUAGAUCCCACUCCAUUCGCUCGUAUGUGUCUCAACGAUCUGACUGCGCUGGAGAACAGCCCGAAAAAAGAACUCGGCGUUUGUACAGCCGCUUCCGCGUACGUCAGCGAAUGUCGAUUCGCUGGACUGGAUCUCUUCGUUCCACCGCAAUGCGUCCGCUGCGAACUAGAAGACGGUAAAGUCAUCGGCUCCGGUGAAAUCAAGACGUUCCAGAACGACGCCCCACGUUCGGCUGACGUCGUUUUCAUCGUCGAUCAGAAACCGUGUCUCAACGGUACUCGACUUUCGCAUUUGCCCGCCGCUAUCGACGCUGCCUUGAGAGAACGUGGCAUCCAACAGAAUCGUUUCGCUGUCGUUAGUUACGGCGGACGUGGAGGUGAAGUGUUCCAGAAACCCCACAUCCGCACUGCUGAUGGAGGACAGAUCUGGUCUCACCGUAAGGGCAUUCAACUGGCACUAGAAGAUUUGAAAUUGGCUGAUCAACAAUCGGCAACAUCGGACAUCCACGCAGCUUUGCGUUACGCUGUUAAUUUACCAUACCGAGUUGGAGUUUCCAAACAGUUUGUUUUGGUCUCGUGUGGCGGAAACGAAUGUCAGGCCAGUUCUUAUGCCGAUACUUUGACCCUGUUGAUUGAAAACGAUGUCAAACUUCACCUACUUCAACCGCGUGAUAUCGUCGUUAAAGGAAGAAACAGUUCUGAUGAAUUAAAGAAUGUCUUUGGAUUUGAUGCUGAAGAGGUUUACACCGUACGAAACAUUCGCAGUUUGAAAGGUGAUCGAGAAUUGAGACGUCAGCUGGCCAUGCCAAAAGAUUUCUGCACUCCAUUGGCUCUGGAAACGAACGGAACUUUGUUCGAUUUGAAAAAGAUGAUGCCCGGACAACAACAACAGCAAACUAAGAAGUUUAUCGACAUCUUUGCUCGUCGAGUGGCCGUCACUGGUGAACCGAGUCCGUGUCAGCGAUGCGACUGCAUUGGAGAUCGUGAUGGAAUUGGAUCCAUCCUCUGUCAGCGUUGUGUUUCUCCCGUUAUGGAACGUCUUGAUAAGGUCUGGGAGCAAUUGGUUUACGAGAAUGAAAUGACCAAUGCUGCAGAUGUGGAAGAAGUAACAGUUAGUCAGAUCCAAGACACAUUGCUGGACUCAAUUGACAAGGCCAGCAGACUCACCACCACGCCAAUCACCAAAGUGAUAAAUUAGAAUUUCGAUUUUCUGUAGAAAUUCAAUUAGGUUGCUGUCACCGGUGCGUACUGCCCUAAUUUUGUUUUUAAUUUCUUUCUUUAAAAAAUAUAUCUUCCGGUAAAUUUGAAACAUUUUAUAUCACUAAUCCUUCCCCCAUUUUUUACCCUAUGAAUCCGACCGUGCCUUUACCCUCCCAAACUUUUGUAUAUUAGUCGUCUUUUACAAUAUACACAAUUAACACUCAAACAUUUCUUUGAUUAUCCUGUCGAGACACUGUUAUAGAAUGGCUAUUUCAAUGACUAAUACACUCUUUCCAACCA